GAGUAACCUCGUCACUAACCGAUUUACGGUAUGUGUUCCAUAACGGAUUUUAAUAUUCGGAUGGUCUCUUGUAAAUAAUGGACUUGUUUAAACAACACUUGAAUUAGGUUUUACCACACUAUUUGUCGAUUCUCUGUCCGAUAUAAUGGUCACCAUACGUACAAUGCAAAAAAAGAGGAGUAACACACUUGGGCUGGUCAUGGCCCUCUGGCUUGUCAGUCUUCAACUCGUAUGUGCCCAAAAUAUGAAGUCUUCAACAGCAUUGACCAUCAAAGAUAGCACCGAUGAUCUUAACGAUGGUGAAGAGACAAGGUUACCGAAUGCGGAUGAUGAAGACCUGGAAGUGUUUAGACCCACAGACAACUGGCAAACUCUCAAACCAGGUCAAGCAGUUCCAGCAGGCUCUCAUGUCAGAAUGAACCUUCAGACUGGACAAAACGAGGUCAAGCUGGGAGAGGAGGGUCUUAACAGAUGGACAGAUGGAAAUAGGCAAGGAGUAAUGAACACAAAUAAUCCUUCAUUCACUGCUCAAGAGUUAAAAGAAGCUCUGAAAAAGUUUAAAGAAGGAACGGAUGAUUCUGAAGGAACUAAACAAGAGGAAGAUGCGGUGAGGGCCAAUUUUCGCCCUAUCGAAGAGUUGAAAAAAGACAUGGAAGCACUGGACAUGCUGAUGGAGACAGACAUCCAAGUUAUGAGGAGACUUUUAAACCAAUUCAAUAAUACUAAUAGCACAACUGAAGAAAAGAUCACUGCUCUUCUUGACUUGGAGUACCUUGUGCACCAGGUUGAUAAUGCCCAAAAUUUGGUGUCCAUGGGAGGAAUGCAACUGGUUAUACAUGCUUUAAACAGUACAGACAUUCGUCUCCAGGAGAGUGCUGCAUUUGUGCUCGGAUCUGCUGUUUCAAGUAACCCAUCCGUGCAAGUUCAUGCGGUGGAAGGCGGUGCAUUACAGAUGCUGCUGACAUUGCUUGCCACUCAACGACCAAUGACAGUUAAGAAAAAGGGGUUGUUUGCUGUGGCCUCCUUGAUGCGUCACUUCCCGUUCGCUCAAAUCCACUUUUUGAAGCUUGGUGGUGUGCAAAUGCUUAGUACAUUAUUUCAAACACCAGGGGCGGAGGCCCUACGUGUGAGAAUCAUCACCAUCCUCUAUGAUAUGAUCACCGAGAAGGAGCUGAUAUCACAGGUGGGCUUAGACCUUAUCCCAGAUUCCUCUCACCAGGAACGUUUACGACAAUAUGCUGAAGUCUCCCUCUUGCCCGUGUUGGAAGAGCAGGGGUGGUGCCUCCUCGUGCCUGAACUUUUAGCUUCUCCUGAGCAUGACUGGAGAGAGAAAGCUCUUCGCGCUCUGCUUGCCAUGAUGGCUCAGUGUCAGAGCCAGUUUAAGCAGCACCCCACACUGACUACUUCACUUACUGAAUUACAAAAGCAGUACAAAGAACUGGUCCUCACAGAGCAGGACGUAGGGGAGCAGGAUGGGUACUUUGGGGAGAUCCUGGCCCUUGUGGAUUCUAUUGUGGUUAAAAUGCAACGGGUGUAGAAUUCUUUUUUCUUGGAACAUUAAAAACUAUUCAAAGACCCUUGAA